AUGGAUAGCGACUUUUGUACAGUUUGUUAUAAACCAGUUAAAGACUCGUAUAGUUUGUAUUGCGGUUCAGAAUGUGCGAGCAUCGAUAGCUCUUCUCAAUUGAAUUCCAAAACACCUCCCCCCUCCCCACCUGCCCAUCUUCGCUUUUCGAUCUCAUUAAUGCCCAAUACUUACUACGCAUCUGAAGCGAAUUCAAAGAAAGUGCUCUCUCCACCCUCCUCGGUGUCUUCUUCUUACUCGGAUUCCGACGUCUCGUCAUUUACCAGUGUAUAUACUUUGGAUGAUGAUUUUGGGAACUGUGGCGAUUACAAGGAAGAAGCUUUUGAUGAUGAGUAUAAUCCGUCCAUCUAUUCCACAAGCAAUCCUAUAGAUAUUCCAAAGACUCGUUCUUCAAAUGACUCCAUACUACCUCUCAACAAAUCCACCUUUGGAGAAGAUUGA